AGGACAAGAGCUAGCUCUCCCUGGCUGCAUAGGCAGUUAGCACCUCAGCUUUAUCCAUAGACCAGAAGUUUGGGUUAAACGAAGCUGAGCUCACCUCACACUGAAGAUGGCUACCGUGUCGUUGGGCUUGGGACUUUUACCUUGCGCUUCUUCUUCUUCUUCAAUUCGUCUCUCUUACACUUCAGUUCGAUUCCCUACAUCCAACAACGCCAACUCCCUCAAUCUUAGUUCUUCAGCUUCCAUCUCCGCCCCACUUCUUCGUCAAAAGCUCUGCACAACUCCUUCUCCUGUCCCUCCAACCCUUCGCCCUCUCACCAUUGUAUCCGCUAAGGGCUACAAAAUGAAAACCCACAAGGCAUCGGCAAAGCGGUUUAGGGUCACGGGGCGAGGCAAAAUUGUUCGUAGGAGAGCUGGCAAGCAGCAUUUGCUUGUCAAGAAGAACACCAAGCGCAAAUUACGACUCUCCAAAAUGCAUCCGGUCAGCAGGAGCGACUAUGACAACGUAAUUGGAGCCUUGCCAUAUCUGAAAGUAAACAGAAAUGCUAAAUAGAUGUCGUGUUUGCAAAACUGAGUCAAAAGCCUAGCUGUGUUUAGUUGUGAAUGGUGACGCCUCUAAUCUGCUUUCAAAUGAAUACAGUUUGUUUUGGCUAAUUGAGACAUCGGUAUCUUAAGAAUGUGAUUUACCUUUCUGUGUCAUGUAACAUGGGUAUUUAUUGACAUCCCAGUAUUGCUAUUUAUUUCCCAUCUUCCUGUUUA